GAAACAACAUAAUACAGAAUGUCUUUAAGAGAAUUAUUCUUUAAUUUGUCGUUAAAAUUAAGGCUUCAAAAUAUUGUUGGCAAAAGAUGUUUUUCUUCAAAAUCAGUAAGUAAUAUCUUUGAAACUGCUGAGGAGAAACCAAUUUAUGUAGAGGAAGAAGAAGAGAGUGUUGGACUAGAAGAAAAAAGAAACAAAUCACGAUUAAACCCUGGACACAGAAAUAUAUUAUGUGGUCAAAAACCUUAUGACAAUUCUUUGACCUGGUAUCAUAAUACGAUAAAAUACAAAAAACGAACAUUAGGUAGGUACGGUAUUGAGGCUUUAGGAACAACUGCAGGACUAGCAUGGCCUACUCUUGAAGAAGUACAAAAAAUAAAGGAGUAUGAAAAAGUUGCUUUUCCAUUAACGAUUCAAGAAAGAUUAAGCAAGAUUAAAGAAGAAAAGGGAAAGCAUCAAGAAUUUAUAAUGGCCAGACAACAGGAAAUAGAACUUAAGAUGGCAAAUAUGGAGAAAAUGAUAUCCGAUAUACAAGAAAAAAUUGAUAAAAAGAAACAAGAAAUGUUAGAAGCUCGACAGAAAAAAGAACGUAGGAUAGAAGAAAUUAGACGUAAAUUAUUAGCCGAAGGCCAUGUAAGCGCGAGUAAAAUUGAAAAAACGUUAGAGAAGAUGGAUAAAGAAGAAAGGAAAAAGAAGAAAGAGAUGAAAAAAGCACUAAUAAUGGAAAAGAAAAAACAAUGGGCAAUUAAAAUGCUUGGUCAAUCAAAACAGAAAGAUGAAACAGGAGAAAAUGUAGAAGAGUCAAAAGAAGAUAAUGAAAAAGUGUGAGGCAAAUACUUUAAUGGAAAUGUUGUAUUUGAAAAUAAUUUCUAUAUAGUCGCUAAAAUCAACAUUUUACAAAAAUCUAUUGAUUUCUAUCUAUGAUAUAUGUAUUUCAAGAAUAAAUAGAAUUCAUAUAAAGCAGAAUAAUGUAAAUUAAAUAAUAAUAUUUACAUUUCGUAGUAAAUAUUGUAUUUUCUUUUGCUAAUACAAAAAACGUUACAUUGUUAUUCUGCAAGAGCUAGAAGAAGUAAUACUAAUAUAUAGCAAUAAAUAAUUUAAUAAGACACGUAUUCAGGCACAAUUCGGACAAUUAUGAAUUAGACCAAAAUUUACGAUCGUUUGCAUUGACCUAUGUAUAAAUGUCAUGAUAACGUUAUUGAAAAGAAUCAGCUAUUAGACAUCGAAGAAACAUCGCAAUUUGCGAUGACGCAUUGGGAUACUGAAAAUGACUUCUGAUCAAUAAAAACCUCUUGAGAUCUG